AUUUUUUUUUUUUUGGUCCCGUCUUACGUAUAGGGGGGCUUGGGUUCAAGGGUGCUUAGGCGGGAAACUUUGGGCAUGGCAACAGAGGAGGCGGCUCAAGCUUCACUGGGCCCACGAUUUGCACCUGAAGAACUAAUAAUCCCGACGCCUUGGAAAGGGUUGAUUGAUGGAAGCACUGGUCUCUUGUACUACUGGAACUCCGAAAAGAAUGUCACCCAAUAUGAAAAGCCAGCUACCUCAGGCCCUCCACUGCCAACUGGUUCUUCUCCCUCAGCCUCCAUGCCCAAGUUGGCCCAGACACCCACAAUUCACACUUUACCUCCUAAUGUCACUGCAUCACAGCAGCCUGGCCAACAAAUGGUUCAAGAGGCAGUGCAGCAAGUGCAGCAACAGCAGCCAAGUCAACAGAUUUUUCAGCAAGCAGGCCAGCUAACUCAACAGCAGCAGCAGCUGAGCCAGCAAUUGCCGUUUCAGCAGUCAGGUCAGCAAAUGCCGAUUCAGCGGUCAGGUCAGCAAAGUCAGCAGCUGCAGCAAAUGUCAAAGCAGCAGGUCACACAGCAGCUUUAGCAGACGCCACAUCAGCAAAUUUCUUACCCUCAGGAACAGCGACAACAGGCGAUGCAAUUUUCUUCUUAUCAGCAGGGGCAGCAAUCUCAAGGGGUACCAUACCAGCAGGGGCAGCAACUGCGGGUGCCACAAUUUCCUCACCAGCAACAAACACGGGAAUCACAGAUGAUGCUACAAGGGGGGCAGCAACCAGGUUCACAAAUCCCACACUCCCAGGGCCUUCAGAUGAUGCCCCAGGUGCUCCAACACCCACAGGGGCUACAGAUUGCUCAUCAGCAGGGGCAACAAUCACAUGGUUCGCAUAAUGGAAACCAGCUAGGGCAGCAGACGCAAGGACAGCAAGUUGGGUUCCAAAGUGUGGAGGAAGCAACUUGCCAAGGGGGAAAGCAGGCUGGUCUUUCGUUGCCUCUGGACCAACAAAGCAGUCUGAUAUCUUCGAAUCAUCACCUUCCAGCCACGCUUCUGCAGGUUAAUAUUUCUCCCGUGGGAGGACAUUCUAUCCAACCUCAGAAACAGCUUAGUGGGGCAUCUCCUGUUAGUGCACAGCAGAAUGCUUCAACACUUCAGUUGCAGCCGGUGGGCAUGGACUUGAGCUAUCAGCAACAGCAAACUAGUGGUUGCACAAUUCCAAAUCAGCCGGGGCACACACUGAUCUGACCUCCUGUGGGAUUGAAAAGGGGUUAUGAUGAUGAUCGACAUGAAAGAGGGAGAAAUGAAUUUGAUUCUUCCCCAAGGAUGGAAGAGCCAAUGGAGCUUCUGCGGCAACCAAGGGUUGCAAAUCUUCCCCUUUCACAGAGUCAACAGGGCGACAAUGUUCCUGCACCAUUCAUGACCUUCGAGUCCACUGGCAUCCCUCCAGAGAUUCUUAGAGAGAUGCAUUUGGCUGGAUUUUUGUCUCCCACACUGAUACAGGCGCAGGGAUGGCCAAUUGCAGUACAAAACAGAGACAUAGUGGCCAUUGCCAACACUGGCUCAGGAAAGACCCUGGGCUAUCUUAUUCCUGCAUUUAUCCAUCUGAGAUGAUGUGGAAAUAAUUCUCUGGGUCCAACAGUGUUGGUUUUGGCUCCGGCUCGGGAACUUGCUUUACAAAUACAAGAAGAGGCCAUCAAGUUUGGUUCUUCUUCCGGUGUUUCUUGCAUGUGUCUAUAUGGGGGAGCCCCAAAGGGUCCUCAGCUAGGAGAAAUAGAACGAGGAGCAGAUGUAAUAGUGGCUACACCUGGUCGGCUUAAUGACGUUCUUGAGAUGAAGAAGAUCAAUUUCUGCCAGGUUUCUUUUCUUGUGCUUGAUGAAGCAGACCAUAUGCUUGACAUGGGUUUUGAACCUCAGAUACGAAAGAUUGUGAAUGAGAUUCCUCCACACAGGCAGACUCUCAUGUACCCAGCAACUUGGCCUAAGGAGGUGAGGAAAAUAGCCAGGGAUCUACUAAAGAAUCCUGUUCAGGUUAAUAUUGGCAGUGUUGAUGAGCCUGCUGCAAACAAGUCCAUUACACAGGUCCUCUACCACCAUCACAACAGCAUGUUGUACUACAGGCUCCUACAGUAGGUACUGUUGAAGGUCUGGUGGGCCAAAACUGCAGGUAUGGGUCAGAGGUCGCUUUGAAGAUAUUAGGAUUUGGUUAUCAGAAUGAAAACAAAGAAAUUCUAGAAAGAAGAGGAAAUAAAGAUGUGAAACCAAGCAGCAUUGAAGAAUCGGCUCCCUUUGAUAUAAGUGAACAGAGUGCAGACAACAAAAUGCCUUUUAAUCAAUAAUAUGACAGACAUGGUAACGUCAUCAGAUACUUUUUUAGCAAUAAGAAAGCUGGUGUGCCAUCUCAUUAUUUAGUGAAAAAUAAAGGACUUCCUUUUUAACUUAACUAAAAAGACAGUAGCUAUAGAGAAGUUGAGGCUAUGCAUGGUUUUAAUCGGCCUCCAAAGCUAGUUGAAUGGAGGAUGCAUGUUUGGAUGUCUCAAUCUCCAAGUGGGAGAGUUGUUGGAAUUGUGGAGCCUGAUCCAUCUCUUUGAUUCGAGUCUUAUUUGUAUGCUACGAUUGGUAGUUGCGGAUCCCACUAUGUGGUUAGUGGGCGGGGGGUCAAAGGGGGCAGCACCUCCUUGUCGGAGAGAUUAGGGGGGUGGAACCCCAUCAAACAAACAAUAGAGGGUUCACGUUACUGAUGGCUAUGAUUCUUCUUCCCUGUCUCACUGGAAUGGAGGGUAAAUUUGGAAACACCCCUAGCGGUUGUUAACUCUAAUCUCUGAUAUAAAUAGAUAAUCAUUGGGCAUCAAAUGUAUGAGAGCCGGUGGUUGUGCUAUGCAGAAGAGAGGGCGUGUGAGAGAGAGUUGCUUCCCCUUCUCUUGUAUUCUUGUAAACUCCCUGAUUAUAUAGUGAAAUUUUUUGUGCGGCCAUGGACAUAAGAGCAAGAGACUCCGAACCACAUAGAUUCCUGUGUUCUUUUCUUCCUCUCACUAUUCUUCAUAUCUCGCUUUGUAUAGGGUCGAGCCCUAGUUUCUAACAUUAUCAUCUUGUUAUUUAAUGCUUAUUGCUUUACCAAUCACAAAAUCAAAUGACAAAAUUCUAUUCUCCUAUAUAUUU